GAGCCAGAGUGCGAGCGCAAAGGCACCAGGAUCAACGCGGGGCGCCGACCUGCUCAGCCAAGGCACCGCCGAGCCCCCCGUGGAGGUCCCGGGGCCGUCGGGCGCGCGUCUCACCUCCAGCCAUGGGGUCGGCAGCGCUGGAGAUCCUUGGCCUGGUGCUGUGCCUGAUGGGCUGGGUGGGCCUGAUCUUGGCGUGCGGGCUGCCCAUGUGGCAGGUGACGGCUUUCCUGGACCACAACAUCGUGACGGCGCAGACCACCUGGAAAGGGCUGUGGAUGUCGUGCGUGGUGCAGAGCACGGGGCACAUGCAGUGCAAGGUGUAUGACUCGGUGUUGGCGCUGAGCACCGAGGUGCAGGCGGCGCGGGCGCUCACUGUGGGCGCCGUCCUGCUGGCGCUGGUCGCACUCUGCCUGACCCUGGCGGGGGCGCAGUGCACCACCUGCGUGGCCCCGGGUCCCAGCAAGGCGCGCGUGGCUCUCACGGGCGGCGCGCUCUACGCGUUCUGCGGGCUGCUGGCGCUCGUGCCGCUCUGCUGGUUCGCCAACAUUGUGGUCCGCGAAUUCUACGACCCGAAUGUAUCCGUGUCGAACAAGUACGAACUGGGCGCGGCGUUGUACAUCGGCUGGGCAGCCUCGGCGCUGCUCAUGUGCGGUGGUGGCCUCGUGUGCUGCGGCGCCUGGGUCUGCGCGGGCCGCCCCGACCUCAGCUUCCCUGUGAAGUACUCGGCGCCGCGGCGGCCCGCGGCCGGCGGUGACUACAACAAGAAAAACUACGUCUGAGGGCGCCGGGCACGGCAGGUUCCCUCGUGCCAGCCGUGUUCUCCAGCCGAAAAACUGGCCAGGAAGUUCCGCAGCCCGUCCACUCCGACCGCUACUCGCUGGGCCCUGGGCGGUGCCCUGCCCUGAACAGGCGACACCACUUGGGAGGACUUACUCGGUUUUUCUGAGGGCAGUGCCGGCCCCGACGUGGGUGGGGCGCGGGUUCCUUGGCCGUGUGGGCACUGGACCAAAGAUGCUACUUCUCUCCCCGUCCCUCGUGGUCUUGGAUGCCACUGUACUUUCCAGCAGCUUUUGCUGAUUCCAGAGGGGCAGACUGAGGGCCCGGGGAUGUGUAUAGCUGGCCUUUACCCCAUCAGCAGGCCCUGAGCCCAGGGGGACCAAGAGACUUGGUUUGGACCUCCCUCCAUCCCUCAACCCAGCAGCUCCUCAGGUGCACAAGACCCUGGGUGUGGGGCUGUGGCAACGUCCUCCUUUGCAGUUUGGGGAAGGGUAAGAACUUUAGUAAAUGGUUUGAAUACCCUCC